UUUUAGCUUCGUGUACAAGAAGACUAUAUAAGUGAAUUUCCCUGUUUCUAGCUUUUCCCCAAACAGCAAAAGUAAACGAGCAAAUGGUGGCACAGGAGCUCUCAGGAGUGUGUUUGUUUCAUUCUUGCUAAUUUUCUGACCAAUGAUUUGUUAUUAAGACCAUUAAAAGCUUAAUAUUUGCCAUUUUGGGCUUGGCCCCCCUUUUUUCCCCCAGGAGUGUAUAUCGAGCCUCUUCAGCUUCACCCUGUGCACAGUAGGUGGCGAUAAUGCAUUUGUCAUUAGUCGGGGAGUGAGUAAGUAAAGCCUAAAGAAGCAGAACUACAACAAAAAGGGCGACGAAGAAGAAGUAAGGGUGCGUCCCAAUCCGCACAUACCGACUAUGUAAGAGAAGGUGAAAAGUACGCCAUGUACCGCUAUGCACAUAGUGACGUAAUUAGUAGACCAGUCUAUGGUUUGGGGCUGGAUGAACUCCUGUGUGCUUCCUGUUUGUCAAGUAGAUCUGCUCGAUUCCCCGAAGUUUUGGAGUCGACUCUUAUUCCAGUGAUAGGAAUUGACGGAGUCGACUCUUAUUCCAGUGAUAGGAAUUGACGGAGUCGACUCUUAUUCCAGUGUUGGGAAUUGACGGAGUCGACUCUUAUUCCAGUGAUAGGAAUUGACGGAGUCGACUCUUAUUCCAGUGUUGGGAAUUGAAGGAGUCGAUUCCAGAAUUCGACUCUACACAUUUUAAUGGCUGCAUGUCAUUGUUUAUUAAUAUUGUGACCCACGUCGGAAGCCUAAUUUGAAGUCCUAAUUUGAACUUUGGCGAUGAACAGCUGCUGAUUAAGCUGAAUUAACGAAUGUGAGCUGAAUCAGUUUCACUGUGCGGAAUCGACUCCUUGUGGACGACUCUCGAUUCCCUAGGCCCGGAGUCUGUGAAUCGGAUCAUUUUUACCCGACUCUCAGCCUCAGUGUUGUCGUGUUGUUUGUGCUAGCAUGAAAUGUUAGCAAAUGUGAAUAUUUAAAGCAGACUCAAGAUGAACACGGCUCUAAAGCACUGGAAAGAGGCGGCCACUGUGAUCUUGGCUGCUGGGAUAAAGUACAAUCGAAGUGUUGAGUGUGUGUGGAGAGAAACGGCAGGUUUAGCAAAUCUACCGCAGAAAGCAGCUUUCGACUAUAAAGUGCUGCUGCUCAAGCGGAGCGGGAAAAGCGGCUUCAUGCCCAACGCCUGUGUGUUUCCGGGUGGAUUAGUGGAACCUUCGGACUUCUCCAGUGAGUGGUUAGAGCUUUUUAAAGCUUUCAGACACUUGCCCAGGUUUGGCUUAGCGACGGUGAAGCAGCCGCAGGAGACGAGACCGCCGAUAUUCGCGACUGACCGGCAGCGGCUCGGCUCUCCCAUCCCGGGGGACGUCGCCUUCAGGAUCUGCGCGGUCAGAGAGACAUUUGAGGAAUCAGGGGUGCUUCUGGUGCUGCCCAGUGAGGAGGCAAACACACUGUACACUGAUGAGCAUAAGGAAAAGGAUCAUUUCGUCACUCAUUCGGCGCUUACAACAUUGUCUGAUCGGUGGGACAGAAGUCUGAUCGCUAAAUGGAGAUCACUGGUCCUCGAGAACUCGUCCAAUUUUCUGCGCAUGUGCAGAGAGCUCGAGUGUUUACCCAACAUAUGGGCUCUGUACGAGUGGGGCAACUGGCUGACUCCUGCUGCGGGCGCGUCCCUCCGGCAGAGGAGGUAUGACACCGCCUUCUACAUGUGCUGCUUACAGGACAUCCCGGACACACUGCAGGACCAGAAGGAGAUACAGCAUUAUCAGUGGUCUACGCCACCUGAAAUACUUCACAGCUACCGGGAAAGAAAAGUUUGGAUUGCAUCACCUCAGUUAUAUGAUAUUGGACGAGUGUGCAAUUUUCCUUUACUAAGUGACCUUCACGACUUUGCCGAACAGAGAUCGAUAGAAGGCUGUGAGCGGUGCCUACCUGUUAUCUUGAAGGCUACUGACUGCAACAUAUCACUCUUACCAGGUGACAGUUUAUACCCAGAGAAAACUGAUAGCAGUGUGUCUACAGAGAAGUGUUUGGAGGAGCUGCAGAAGGACAGUCCAAAUCUGCAUCGCAUUGUGAUACACAAUCCUUACCAAAGCUCUGUCUACAUUAACAUCACACCUAAAUACAAGCAUCUACCUCCUCUUAUCACGUCCGAGUCCAAGCAUGACAGCAAGCUCUAACACUGCAUUUAUGGCAGCGUCCUAAGGGUACAAUUAACCUAAUAUAGGUAGGUAAAAGCCUUACAGAUGUAUUAACAUGGUUUAAUAUUGUACAAUAUGAGUGAUAUAAAAGUUACUGGUUCUGGAAAUUACUGAAUCUGGAUGUGAUGUUGAAUUCAGUCAUUGAGCCAAUAUGCUUAAAUAAAGUAAAUUAACAUA